UGGUGAAGCCAGAGGAGGAGGGAGGCAGUAAUCCGUGCACAGAGCGACCCAUCUGAGCCGCCAGCAGAGCUGCUUGCGGCGGGCGUGGAGAGACCAUGGAGCUGCCGGGGUUUACUCUCAGUUCAGAUCGCUAAAAGGAUACAGACUAAUACACCGCAUGCGAGUGGGGACGUGCAGGAAGACCAGUGAAGAGAGCUGACUCGUUUUCACUUUAAUUGUCGCGGUUGUCCUUCUCCCCGGAGCGUUACGCGUCGUACCGGAGUGCUCCACCUUCUGAUGCCGGGAGCGCAGAGCCGGGUCAGGGGCUGAUCCGAGUCCUCGCCUCGGAUCGUUUUACAGUCUCUGUGACGCAUAUUAGCUUAGUUUAAUAUUUUUUUAAUUAAAGAAUCAGCUGUGGAUUGUUUGCCCAUCAAAGGGAUUAUGAUUUUCUCAGACAUGAGUACGGGGACCAACUCCCCCAAGGUGCAUCCGCCGAACGGGACGAGGUUCUACACGUUCCAGGAGUUUGCAGCACUAACCAAGGAGCUGAACGCCUGCAGGGAACAGCUGCUGGAGAAAGAGGAAGAGAUAUCUGAGCUCAAAGCCGAGAGGAACAACACCAGGUUACUGCUGGAACAUCUUGAGUGCCUGGUGUCCAGACACGAGCGGUCACUUCGUAUGACUGUGGUCAAGAGGCAGGCUCAGUCUCCUUCAGGGGUCUCCAGUGAGGUCGAAGUUCUUAAAGCACUCAAAUCCUUGUUUGAACACCAUAAAGCCCUAGAUGAGAAGGUAAGAGAAAGACUACGAGUGUCACUGGAGAGGGUGUCUGCCUUGGAGGAGGAGCUCACAGCAGCCAAUCAGGAGAUUGUGGCCUUACGGGAACAGAAUGCUCACAUCCAGAGAAAAGUGGCAUCAGGUGAGGGAGGAGAGGACAUUUUGGAGGGCAGUGAAGCUCAACAGAAGGUCCAUGGCAAGCGUCUGUCCAAUGGCUCUCUGGAGCCGGCCCAUGAGGCGAGUCAGGUGGUCGAGCUGCAGGACCUGCUGGAGAAGCAGAACUACGAGUUGGCCCAGAUGAAGGAGCGCAUGUCCUCCCUCUCCUCCCGGGUUUCCGAGGUGGAGCAGGAGCUCGAGACCGCCCGCAAGGACCUCAUCAAGUCAGAGGAGAUGAACAACAAGUACCAGAGGGACAUCAAAGAGGCCAUGUGUCAGAAAGAAGACAUGGAGGAACGGAUUGUCACCCUGGAGAAACGUUACCUGAGUGCCCAAAGAGAAGCCACCUCUGUGCAUGACAUCAAUGACAAACUGGAGAACGAGUUGGCCAAUAAGGAGGCAUUCCUCAGACAGAUGGAGGAGAAGAACAGACAACUACAGGAGAGGUUGGAGCUUGCAGAACAGAAACUCCAGCAGACCAUGAGGAAGGCUGAGACACUCCCGGAGGUGGAGGCUGAACUAGCCCAGAGGAUAGCAGCUCUCACCAAGGCGGAAGAGCGUCACGGGAGCAUUGAGGAGCGAAUGAGGCACUUGGAAUGCCAGCUGGAGGAGAAGAACCAGGAGCUGCUGAGGGCUCGGCAGAGGGAAAAGAUGAAUGAAGAGCACAAUAAGCGACUCUCAGACACAGUGGACAGACUCCUCACUGAGUCCAACGAGCGACUUCAGCUCCACCUGAAGGAGAGAAUGGCAGCUCUAGAAGAGAAGAAUAUGCUAAUCCAAGACUCGGAAACUUACAGAAAACAGUACGAGGAGUCAAUCCAAGAAAAAUCGCAGCUGGCAGAGGAUAUUGAGAAACUGAGAUCGGAGCUCGACCAAUUCAGAUUGAGGGCAGGCUCCCUCACAGAACCCACGCUGUCACGAUCCCAUCUGGACACAUCAGCCGAGCUUCGAUUCUCUUUGGGAUCUCUGGCUGAAACCCAGUCGGACCACUACCGCUCAGCAAAGGUCAUCCAUCGACAAAGGAGAGGUCGAAUAGGUCUGCGAGAAACCAAGGCAAAGUCACUGGGGGAGCCUGAAUGGCGCUCACAGCAGUUGGGGGUCCUGGGAGGCCACCACUUUGAGAGCGACACGGAAAUGUCUGACAUUGACGACGACGAUAGGGAGACGUUGUUCAGCUCCAUGGACCUGCUGUCUCCCAGUGGUCACUCCGAUGCACAAACUCUGGCCAUGAUGCUUCAGGAGCAGCUGGACGCAAUCAACAAGGAGAUCCGGCUAAUCCAGGAAGAGAAGGAGUCAACAGAGCUGCGGGCAGAGGAGAUUGAGAACCGAGUGGCCAGCGUUAGCCUCGAGGGUCUAAACCUGGCUCGAAUGCACCACCAUGGAGCCUCCAUUACUGCCUCAGCAACUGCCUCCUCGCUUGCCUCCUCUUCCCCACCCAGCGGACACUCCACACCUAAGCUUGAUCCUCGAAGCCCUGCCCGGGACAUGGAGCGCAUGGGGGUCAUGACACUGCCCAGUGAUUUGAGGAAACACAGGAGAAAGAUAGCAGCGGUGGAUGAGGAUGGCCGCGAGGACAAGGCCACCAUUAAGUGUGAGACAUCCCCCCCUCCGACGCCACGCACUGUCCGAAUGACACACACACUGCCAGCCUCCUCGCACAACGAUGCACGAGGGAUUGUGGCUUCUUUAGAGGCUGAAGCCAGUGCCCUAAGUAGUGUAGCCAGCAGCCAGGACUCCCUCCACAAGCAGCCAAAGAAGAAGGGCAUUAAAUCCUCCAUCGGACGAUUAUUUGGCAAGAAGGAAAAAGGCCGACUGGCACACCUAGCACACAGACAGGUCAUGGUAGAUCCACAAGCAACAAUGAUGGAUUCAGACAUGGCGGGCCAGGACAUGGGGGUGAGCAAGUUGGGCACUCAGGCUGAGAAGGACCGCAGAUUGAAAAAGAAACACGAGCUGCUGGAGGAGGCUAGGAGAAAGGGUUUACCUUUUGCCCAGUGGGACGGUCCUACUGUUGUUGCGUGGCUGGAGUUGUGGUUGGGGAUGCCGGCCUGGUACGUGGCAGCAUGUCGUGCCAACGUGAAGAGCGGCGCCAUCAUGUCGGCCCUAUCUGACACCGAAAUCCAGAGGGAGAUCGGAAUCAGUAACCCUCUACACCGCCUCAAACUUCGCUUGGCAAUCCAGGAAAUGGUCUCCCUCACCAGCCCCUCAGCCCCGCCCACCUCCAGAACCCCAUCAGGCAAUGUAUGGGUGACCCAUGAGGAGAUGGAGACCCUGGCAGCCCCUUCCAAAACGAAGUCAGAGUCUGAAGAGGGCAGCUGGGCACAGACUCUUGCCUAUGGUGACAUGAACCAUGAGUGGAUAGGGAACGAGUGGCUGCCCAGUCUAGGACUACCUCAGUACCGCAGCUACUUCAUGGAGUGCCUCGUGGAUGCCCGUAUGCUGGACCACCUCACCAAGAAGGACUUGAGGGUGCACCUUAAAAUGGUGGACAGCUUCCACAGAACAAGUUUACAGUACGGGAUCAUGUGUCUGAAGAAGCUCAACUAUGACAGGAAGGAGCUGGAGAGACGCAGGGAGCAAAGCCAGCAUGAAAUGAGAGACGUCCUGGUGUGGAGUAAUGAGCGGGUCAUCCGCUGGGUGCAAAGCAUAGGCCUGAGGGACUACGCCAACAUCCUGCUGGAGAGCGGUGUGCAUGGAGCUCUGGUUGCCCUGGAUGACAACUUUGACUACAGCAGCCUGGCACUGCUCCUCCAGAUCCCCACACAAAACACUCAGGCACGUCAGAUUCUGGAGCGAGAGUACAAUAAUCUGCUGGCGUUAGGCACUGACAGAAGACUGGAUGAGUGCGAUGACAAAGACUUCCGAGGCCCAUCGUGGCGGAGGCAGUUCCCUCCCCGGGACAUCCACGGUAUCAGUAUGAUGCCUGGAUCAGCAGAAACGCUCCCUGCUGGAUUCCGUCUCACCGCAACAUCCGGUCACUCCAGAAGACUGCCCCCCGAGGGUAAGUGCACUUCAAUUCUCACACAUGACACUUUCGCAUUUCUCAAGCCUGGCUUUCAAACAAAACAUAGGUUAUGUCUGCCUGUUGAACAGGGAGAUGAAAGCAUCUCACCUGGGAGCAGGAGUUCCUGCCCCUGCUGUGUGUGAGGAGCAUUCUGACUGUGUCUCUUGUUCUCUCUGACUCUGUGACGGCUGCUCUGCAGUCCUCUAUGAGGCGCUGGAUGACAGUCCUGACGACAUGUAUUUGGAUUGGUUUCAAGGUCAGCCCAUCUGAAGGUCCUGGGCUUGUUGGCCCUGCGUGUGUUAAUAUUAUUAUUUGUAGUAUUAGUCUACAUAUAUUCCCUCCUCUUUACAUGGUCUCUGCCAACCACUGUCCUGCUGUAUCUCUCCUUUUCUUCGUGGUCUCUCACCCUCGCCUCUCUUUUCUCUUUCUAUAAUUAGCUCUCUUUAAUAUCCAACUCCAAGGGUAUUGUUUUGCAGAGCUGCAAAAUAGAUGUCCUUUCACCCUGGUAGUUAAAAACAAACUAGGGGUCAAGUUAUGGAUUAGGACCCAUGCUUGUUGGUUUAACCCUUGAAGUAAUGAAGCAGCAAAACAAAAAGUGGCUGAGCGCUGCUAUGUAAGUUGGCCUGAAUCAGGAGGUUUACAUAGGUGAACAGUACAAGUUGAAUGUUUUACAAACUAAAACUGACAGUUUGUGCGAUUCCUCAACCCUUUACUGUUAAAAGAGGACUCUGGCUAAAACAGUCUUAAUAAUAAAGGGCAAUGCUGGUUUGUGAAAUUUGGGUAAUCACUGUAGUUUUGUGUUAGUUUUUUUUUUGUUUUGUUUUUUUUAAAUGGUAAUAUUGUUCUUGCUAAAGAAAUUGCUGAGAUUUGGGAGCAUUAGACUACUCUUCUUGCACUACACAGAAAGUUGAACCUCAAUAUAAAUAAUGGAAGUCUGCCAAUUUGAUGACAAACCCUGUAUUUAAGAGAGUGAGAUCUGAAAGCAUAAACUGGGACACAAGUUAAACCUUAAACCACAGAGAUUGACGUAGAUGCUAAAAAAGGACAGAGCUGAACAGAAAGCCCUUCCACAGUUUAGCACAGUUCAGACACUGAGCACGGGUGCUGCUUUGCACAGUGGAUUAUCCCCAAAAAACCUACAACAAAGUUUAAAAGCACUGCAUAAUUCUGCAUUGAUGGUGCAUAGCCAGACAGCUAUAACAUGACUGCAUGUUGUAGCUGUCUGUCACCAGGAGACAGUGUCACAAAUGACUAAUAUAGUCUAAUUUUGUUCAUGCUGGUUAAAGUAAACUCUCUACUGUAAAACUACUUAUUAAACUACCUAAUGAAUGAGUAAUUGUUUGUUUUAUCUUGAAAGGUUUUGGGCUGUUAGGGGAUCAGUUUAAAACCUGUGUGAUCACCACACUGCUCUGAACUACCCUUUGUUGCCGCAUUUCCAUAUCUCAGCAAUUAAAACAACAGUCAGUUGUCACUUUCAGCUAUACGUGACAGCCUUUAUUAGGAAAAUGAGUUCAACUUUUGAGUAUUUUGAGCUCUUGUAAAUAUUAACUAUUCGGCUAUACUUUACCAUUAUGGAUGGGCAGAAAUUUGUACAAGUCAAGGAAAGUUUUGGUAUUUCAGGUCCUACUAAAAAUGAGUAAACUCAAUCUGCUCAUUAAGACUGUACUAUAUAUCCUAUAUGCACACUAUAUAACUCAAGAUCACAAUAAACCUGAAUUAUCCUUUAAAGGAAAUCAUUAUCAAUUAUGCCAUGCAGCUAUACUUGAUGGGAACUCAUCAAAAUAUACUGAUUUUUGGCCAGCGUUCUCUUCUAACAAGGUGUUCCCAAUAACACAGACACAGCCUUCGUGUGUUCCUCUGUCUCUACUCACUCUGUCCCCUGCUCACUGAUAUCUAGUCGCUGGUGAUGUCCACUCAAAACAGGAACUUCCUUUGAGUGAUCCAUGACUACUUCUAUGACGGUGUCACUACAAGUAACUGCCAUUGUGUGGAAAAAGGAAGACAAUGCUCCUGCAAUAGAGGAGACUAUAUAGUUUCAGGCCCACAGUGACCACUACCAUGAUCAAAGUUUUUUGACUCUUCCACCUACUGAACUGGAUGACCUCAAAAGAGCAACCAAUGACUUUGCAUUUUCAUACAAUACUUUGUCUUGCAGUUCUUGCAUGUUAUGCAGCUUUGCACAAUUACCUCAUUGUCAGGUAGAAGUAAAGAUAGAAUCAGAUGCUAUGGCUAGAUCUCGCCCACAUAUGUGAAGGGAUGCAGAGACAAAACAACAUGGUAAAAUAGAAGUGAAGAAUACAACAUGUACGGUACUUUUUUGAAGUUUCUCACGUGACUCCAAAAGCUGUCCACCACUUUGGAUGUGAUACAACCUUAGCUGGGUUCCUGGUUAGUUACUGGGUGAAAUCAGCUGCAAAGAAGUUGCUGCACCAAAAACUUCCUAGUGAUUGUUUUUGGUGGUGAGGGCUGCCUGUAGUUUUCAUUGGUUUUCUGCAAAUAGUCGCUAAGAAUAAUCACAGUAGUGGUAAAACUAAAAAAAAAAAAAGUGCGUCACAAACCAUUUUUCCCUCACAACCGGUGUGACUUACACCCGUGUGACUGGGCCCUUACUCACUCGAUCCUACAUUGUCAUCAAAAUUGCGGCAUGUCUAAAAUGCUGGACAGGUUAACUUCACGUGGUUAUUGGUCACAUAUCUGCAAAACCCUAAUACAAAUGGACAACAUAAAUGGUUCACAGCCCCCUGGUGGCCAUUAGAUAAAGUGCAGGUUUAAGUCACUUCUAUGUUGAACACAGUCUGUGUGUAUUCCCUAAACUUUAAUCAUGAAGAUUUACAGUCAUAUGAAAGUACACUCUCUUUCAGUCAUAGGAUUUUAUGUCUCUGCGUCCUCAGUUUGACUUUUAGUUAAAGUAUUGAGAGGGUUUAACGUGUCAUUUGUUUUUAAGUUUUGUGGGGGGGUUCAAAUUGUGUCCUGAAAUGUGAACUUUAGAUUUUGAUUACACAACUAUAAACUUAACUAAAACUGCAAAAUCUUUGCUUUAAUAUUAGAUUUAAUAAAGCUGAUAGAUUAAGGAAUUUGGAAAGAAAGGGACCGAACUUCUUUAAAGACACUUCACAUCUCAUCCAAGAGGCUUCUUCAGAUCUCAAAUUAAAUGUGGACACUCUAAAUACCUGAUAGACACUGAUUGUAUCAACAUUCCUUUGUCAUAUUUGGAUGAAAUACAGACAAAAAAAGUGUUACUUUCAGUGCUCACAGUGCAUUCUAGAAAUCUUGUCCUUGGUAAUUGUUUGGUAGGUAGUUCUUAGGUAAAAAAAAACAGUUCCCCCUCACUGCAGCCUCCUCUAUUGCAGGAACAUGCAACUCAGAAAAAUGUUUCUUGUCCCUGUUGAGAAUCUCUAACCUUGUGGUUUGGGGUGGUAACGAAGUAGAAUAAUGUUUCCUUUCCCUCUGGAUCCAUCUUGCACAGUAGGAAUCUAAAUAUUCCUACUUCAUGAUAAUUCCCCCCUCACUGUC